AUGGCGUCCCCCUCCACCGUCUCACCCCUGGCCAAGUACAAGCUGGUGUUCCUUGGCGACCAGUCGGCGGGCAAGACCAGCAUCAUCACCAGAUUCAUGUAUGACAAGUUCGACAACACUUACCAGGCGACGAUCGGCAUUGACUUCCUCUCCAAGACGAUGUAUUUGGAGGACCGCACCGUGCGACUGCAGCUGUGGGACACGGCUGGCCAGGAGCGGUUUCGAAGCUUGAUCCCCAGUUACAUUCGCGACUCCUCCGUGGCCGUCAUCGUCUACGACGUCACGAACCGUCAAUCAUUCUUGAACACCACAAGAUGGAUUCAGGAAGUCAGGCAGGAGCGUGGACAUGACGUGAUCAUCGUCCUGGUUGGCAACAAAACUGAUCUGGUUGACAAGCGGCAAGUAUCGAUAGAGGAGGGGGAUGCCAAGUCCCGGGAGCUUGGUGUCAUGUUCGUGGAGACGAGUGCUAAGGCAGGCUUCAAUAUAAAGGCCCUGUUCCGGAAGAUUGCAGGAGCUUUGCCGGGAAUGGAAAAUGUAUCCACAGCCAAGCAAGAGGACCUUGUGGAUGUGAAGCUGACACCAUCUGCGGGAACAGGUGCAGCCGGCAGUGGGCAAGCUUCACAGUGCUCCUGCUGA